AUGUCUUCACCGAGCUACAAGGUAUCCGAUCAGUGGAUUGGCAAGCCGCGACCCGCUCGUAUCGUUGUGGUAGGAGCAGGUAUCGGAGGUAUUGCCGCCGUCAAGCUGUACAAAGAUAUGUUCAAGGGUAUGCCGACAGAGCUUGUCGUGUACGAGAAAAACCAUGAUGUCGGCGGAACAUGGUUGGAAAAUCGCUACCCCGGAUGUGCUUGCGACAUACCUGCCCAUGGAUAUACUUACUCAUGGGAGGGAAACCCCAGGUGGUCGAAGCCCUAUGUUGGAGCCGUCGAACUAUUCGAAUAUUACAAAGACAGGGCGAAAGCGUACGGGGUCUUUGACUACUUGCAUUUACGACACAAAGUGAUGUCUGCUACUUGGGAUUCCAGAGCCGGUAAAUGGCAUCUCAGUAUUGAGAAUACCGAGAAGAAUCUUCUUGUCAAGGAUGAGUGCGAUGUUCUCAUUAAUGCAGGCGGUUUCUUGAAUAACUGGAAAUGGCCAGUAAUUGACGGACUCAACACCUUCAAGGGUCAUUUGGUUCACUCUGCCAGAUGGGACAACAGCUAUGACUUCAAGGACAAAACAGUCGGUGUGAUAGGGUCUGGUUCUUCCGCCAUUCAGAUCCCCCCCAGCGUCUCUAACCACCACCAGAAUGGAGCUGACUUUUCCCUCUUCGAGAAAGUGGCCAAAUCUUUGGUUUCAUUCAAUCGUUCACCCACGUGGAUCACACCCGAGUUCGCUGCCGAAUUCGCCCCCGGAGGAAGAGAUGCAGUCUUCUCCGAGGAGCAGAAGGAGAGAUGGGCAAACGACCCGACCGAGUUCCUCAAGUACCGCAAGGCUGUAGAGGCCAGCGGAAACAACUUUUACAGCAUGCAAUUCAAGGACAGCGACUUGCAGAAAGAGCUCUUCGACAAGUUCAAGGAUCUCAUGACCCAGCGAUUGGGGCGGGAGGAUCUUGCCUCGAUCCUCGUCCCUACCUUUGCAGUUGGGUGUCGCAGGAUGACGCCAGGUCACGGCUACUUGGAAGCUCUCGCAGCUCCUAAUGCGACCGUGAGAGGCGACCCAAUCUCGCAUGUUACCCCGGGCGGAAUACAGAUGAAAGACGGGACACAUUUCGAGUUCGAUGCGAUCAUAUGUGCGUCAGGGUUUGACACAUCAUAUCGUCCAUCUUUCCCUGUCAUUGGAGAAAGCGGCGUCGAUCUCCGCGACCAGUGGAAAGAUGAACCCCGUUCAUACCUCUCCGUUGCCGUUGACGGAUAUCCGAAUUACUUCAUGGCCACGGGCCCUAACUUUCCGCUUGCCAACGGGUCUUUGCUCGCCUGCCUGGAACAAACACUGCGGUAUGCUUUCAUGGCUGUGCAAAAGUUACAAACGCAGAAAGUAAAGUCCGUCUCGCCUAAGCCGGAGGCAGUGGCAGAAUUUCAAGAACACAAAGACACUCUGAUGAAAGAGCUUGUUUGGACCUCUCACUGCAGGUCAUGGUAUAAGAAUGGCAAGGCUGAGGGAAAGGUAUGGGGUCCUUGGUGCGGGUCGGUGUUGCAAUUCAUCGAGCUGCUAAGCCAGCCACGGUGGGAGGACUAUGUGAUAGAAUAUGAAACCAGUAACCGCUUUCAAUAUUUGGGAAAAGGGAAGACGGGAAUCGAAGAGGCUGGUGGUGAUAUGGCUUGGUAUGUUAAAGAGCCAGGGGCACGUGUAGACUAG